UGAUCGGCUGCUGAGUCGCCCCAAAGUCGGCGUGAAAUGCAAAACAAAAAACUUGACAGUCAUAUUUCAGCUCAGCAAACAAAAGGCAAGGAGAAGUUCGUCUCUUGUUUCUAUUUUAAAAUUUCGAUUUUGUGAGAUUUGUUGGAAUAAGAAAACUAGAGAAAAUGAGCCCAAUUCAGGAAGCAAUGCAGCUGCGGUCACAGUUGAUGAAUGAGUGGAAGGCUGGAGGCCGGGCCCCCAACUUGGAAAAGUGUGGGGAGCUCUUGAACAGAAUUAAGAUUGUCCUCACAAAUUUGAAGUUUCUACCCGAAUCCACUGGAUCCUCAACACGUGAUGAAUUGAUCAUUGCCAGAGAUGUGUUAGAAAUAGGGGCCUUUUGGAGUAUAUCUCGCAGAGAUAUUCCAUCGUUUGAACGAUAUAUGGCACAGCUCAAGUGUUAUUACUUGGACUUUAAGGAGGAAUUACCAGAAUCUCCAUACAAAUGUGAACUGUUGGGUCUUAAUCUACUCUGUCUGCUUAGUCAAAAUCGAGUAUCCGAGUUCCACACUGAGUUGGAACUCUUUGCUCAUCCAGAAGUUCAUGUUUUAGACAAUGUCUAUAUCAAACAUGUUGUAGCGCUUGAACAAUACUUGAUGGAAGGGCGCUAUAACAAGAUUUUCAUGGCAAAACGGUUAGUCCCAGCAGAAGCAUUCAAUUUUUUCAUCGAUAUCUUGCUCGAUACAAUACGAGAUGAGAUUUCUACGUGCGUUGAGAAAUCCUACACUCGACUCCAUAAGGAUGCAGCGAGCAAAGUAUUGAACAUUUCUGGACAGAACCUUCAGACUUACGCUAUCAAGCGAGGAUGGACCAUCUCAAAGGACGGUUACUUUUGUUUCAAUACUGAAAAGAAACAGGAUGAUCGAAUCCCGUCAUUUGAAUUGGCCAAGGAUGCAAUUGAAUAUGCAAAGGAGCUGGAGAUGAUUGUUUAAUAACUAUCAACUAUAUUCUCUAUCAUUUUAAGAAUAAUUUUGGGUUUUCUAAUAAAAUAUGUCAGUAAUAAAUGGCUAACUGGAAUUUAAGUAACCAAAAAA